CUUCAUUUUCCCUCAAUAAACGACAACAAUCGUCAUCAUCAUCAUGAGGCUGUCAGAUCCCGGCAGGUGUUCGGUUCCCUCCGUUAAUCGUUUAGCUAUGAUCGGUGAUCGAUCCUGCGUGCGCAGCCCCGCCUCCCGCCGUGUUGUCUGACCGGAGGAUGAGGAGUCUUUAGGAGGCUAACAGCUAACGUCACGGAGCGGCGGCACCGGGCUCGUUUCUCUCGUUCCUUCAUGUUCUGACGUCGUCCAGCGGAGCCUUCGCCGUCACGAACCGGACCGGACUUCACAUGUCCGCGGCUGUGCGCUGCCGGCGGCCCGGGUAGCUCUGCCGGGAGAUGCGGCAGCAGCUAGCAGCUAGCCGUUAGCCCCGCAGCUGUUAUGUAAGAGCGGAGCGACUAGCCGCGCAGCUAACGUUAGCCGCCGCCAUGAAUGACGCGCAGCAAGAAAUGUCUCCGGACUUCGUGCUCAUGCGGCUCGUGUCCGCCGCGGAGUACGACCGGCUGGACGACCCCGACGAGCUGAUGUCCGGGGGCGGCGGGUUCGGCCCCGUCAAAGCCGUGCUGGGCCGCCGCGGCGGCGGGUUCGAUGUGGACUCUGGCGGCCCUUCGGCAGGCCUCGGCUCGGCUUCCCCGCAUUACAGCUCCCCGCUGCCCGGGAAAGGAGAGCUGAGCGGCGGGCUGGGGCUGACGCACGCCCCGUCGGGCUCCGAGGCGCCGUUGUCGCCCCCUCCGUCCGAAGACUUUGUGGACUUCCCGGUGCCGCGUGGGCACGGCUCUGCGGGGCACGGAGCGCAGCUAAUGGUGCUCCAGAACUUGCUGCGGUCCGGAGACCGGAUCCUGGAGUGCGGGCUGGAGCAGCCGCCCCCUGGCUUCCUGCAGGAGGAGGCAGAGCGACAGAGACAGCAGCUGGACCCGGUGCCGGGCACGGGUCCUGGCAGCGCGACAGCUGGUCCCGGGGGAGGAAAGGACCAGAACCCCCCUGCGCAGGAAAACCUGCAGCCGCAGCAGCUGUUGCAAUGGCACCCGGUCCUGAGGCUGGGCUCCCAGGCCCCCCAGCGGGGCGUCCCGGCUCUGGACUCGGAGUCCGGGUCAGUCCUGUGCCACACACACCACCUGCUGACAGACCGGCUGGCUAAGUGGCCCCCGGGCCUGCUGGACCAAGCCCUGCGGGCGGGGCUGCUGGAGCCCAGGAAGACCUGCCCCCCCAGGUGUCAAGACCCGGUCCUGGCUCCGGCCCAGAGGCCAGUACACCCGGGCGAGGUGAGGGAAGGAAGUGGCGGGCAGGAACUGGUGCUCUCGCUUCCUCGCUGUUCCUGCCAUGGCGUCCUGGCCUCGGGGUCCGGGGGCAUCGGGCCUGGCGAGGACCCCAGCGAGACGAGCGACGCCCUGCUGGUCCUGGAGGGUCUGGGGUCAGAGGAGGUGGGGGGACUUGCGGCAGAGUCCAGGGAUGCGGAGGGGGAGGACACAGAGAAAACAGAGCGGGUGGUGGGUGCAGGGACGCCUGGGGGGGCGGGGACUGUGUUCUCCAGUGGGACUCUCAGCGGGCUGAUGCGGCAGGUGCACAGACUGGCAGAGGAGGCGGGAGUGUGCACAGAUCAGAGCUGCCGGUCCUCACUCGCCGUUCUCGGCGCCACCGUGUCCCUCCCCUCUUGCGUGGACCCCCAGCCCCUCAUCGGCAGCGCCGCCACCCCCUGCCCGUACCUGCCUGUCCGCCCGCCACUGUCCCAGGCUGCUGCGGUGCUCCCCGGCCCCCUCCCAUCCUCUGACCCUCGCUCUCGCCCACAGCAUCAGCACCAGUCGCGCUCCCAGCCCCAGAGCCGUGCCGCUACCCCCAAACUGGGUGUGGCUUCUGGGGCAGCGGGUCGGUCAGCCUCCCCUCUGGUGGUCCUGGAGGGGGAAGGGGGUGCUGGAGGAAGGGAGGGGGAGAAGAUGCCCCGGGGGAAGUCGAGGAAGGGGGGGUCGCUGAAGGUCCGGCUCAGCAAGCUAUUCAGAACCAAGAGCUCGAGUGGCGGCUCGGGGGGGCUGCUGGACAAGAGGCCGUCCCUAGCGUCGUCCACGUCGUCGGGGGGCAGCCUGUUGGACGUGUGGGGGUCCACCUGCAGCAACCCAGACCAGGAUGGCAGGCUGCAGGUAUCCAGACCUCACAGUGCCUUCUCUCCGGUGCCCUUCACUCCGGCUUUCACCGGUGAGACGGUCUCUCUGGUCGAUGUGGAUAUUUCUCGGAGGGGGGGGAACUCUCUCCACCCCCCCACUCCUCCUCCCCCUCCCAGACGGAGCCUCAGUCUGCUUGAUGAUUUUGGGGGUCCUCCUCAGCAGCACGGCCCCUUCAUGGAGCGCAGCGCCGGGGCCUCCAUGCAGUCGCUGCCCCCCCGACCGAUGGCCCUGCCCCCCUCCCUCAACACCAUCCAGCACAGCCUGAGCCUCAACGACACCUUCCUGCGAGGUUUACCUCGACCCGUGCCCCUGCGGCCCGACGGGCAGCACCCGCCCCCCCGGCUCGCCCCUCGCUGCCCGCUCAGUCGACCCGAUGCCGGCAACUUCGCCACCAGCCUCAGGGAGCUGGAGAAGUGCGGCUGGUACUGGGGGCCGAUGAACUGGGAGGACGCUGAGAUGAAGCUGAAGGGGAAACCGGACGGCUCGUUUCUGGUGCGGGACAGCUCAGACCCGCGAUACAUCCUGAGUCUGAGCUUCAGGUCGCAGGGAAUCACACACCACACACGCAUGGAGCACUACAGAGGGACGUUCAGCCUGUGGUGUCACCCAAAGUUUGAGGACCGCUGUCACUCGGUGGUGGAGUUCAUCGAGCGAGCCAUCAUGCACUCCAAGAACGGAAAGUUCCUGUACUUCCUGCGCUCGCGAGUCCCAGGUCUGCCGCCGACCCCAGUCCAGCUCCUGUACCCGGUCUCCAGGUUCAGCAGUGUUAAGUCUCUGCAGCAUCUCUGUCGCUUCUGCAUCAGACAGCUGGUCCGGAUCGACCACAUCCAGGAGCUGCCGCUGCCCACGCCUCUGAUCGCCUACCUGAGGAAGUUUUAUUACUACGACCCUGAAGAGGAGAUCAGCCCCACGCUGAAGGAGGACAAGGAGCAGAAGGAGCGGGGGACGGAGGGCGGCGGCCAGCCGGGGGUCGAGUCACAAACGUAGCACCGGAGCCCGAAGCCGGCUUCUUUCCUUUUCUUUGUUUCUCGGACUCGAACACUGAAGGAUGUUCAAAAAGCAAGCUGAACUCUCAGACUUCAGCCAAUCGGCUCCCUCGCUCAGUCCCGCAUCCGGGCGGGUUUCAGAUGAUCCACCCUCCUUUGAGCUCUCUGAUCGGCUCACGGGGAGUCGACAGGGGAGGGGCCGGGGAUGUGGAGACUCCGCCUCUCUUUUGAUGUCAUCGCUGAGCAGCCAGACGGCGAUGUUAGCUAAAAUCAGUAAAAGAGAAAGGAGCUGAGAAAGUGUCGGUCGCCUCUGGGGUCCUCUGACGAUACGAGAGGGUCUCUGAUUCCGAGAGCAGAAGGCGGUACAGAUUUAUCCCAGCUCAGAUCUCGGCGCAGCACAAAGUGUGAGAGCGUCCCCUGAAUGCACCAAAAGGUCUUUAAAUGAAUAAAACAUCACAGAAAUAAACGAAUGAUUGUACGGAGCCCCGCCGGGGACAUGGAGGAAGAAAAAAAUUAAGACGGACUUUUGCGGGACCUCGCAAAAGUUUUAGCCGCAUUCUUCGGAGGCCGCCGGCUCGAAGCCGACCAGGAGGUCGAGGCACGAUGUGCCGGGAAAGCGGUGUUCCUCCCGGCUGUAGUAGAUCUCGACCUCCCGUCAGCUUUGAGAUGGCGGGUGUCAGAUCUCCGAAAACGUCGGAGCACUUUUGCAAAUAUGUGAUGUUUUUGUAAACCGAGCAGGUAUCUGACGUUUACACAACUACAUUCACGCCUCAAAAUAUCUUAAGUGUAUUUUGUGACCCAGAAAGAGCAAUAUUACAACUAAGCAGCUGCCGCCAUUGUUGGAAUUCAACUUUUGCGCGAUCUCACAAAAGCACGUCUUAAUUUUUUUUUCUCCCAUGUCCCCUGCGGGGCUCCGUAUGAUUGAACCUUUUAAAGCUAAAUUUAAGCAGCUUUGAUUCGUCAGAUCAGCUGAUUCGUAGCUUGAUUGAUCAUUAAGAUUUGAUCGGCUCUAACAUGCAGAGCGGUCAGCAUCAGCUGUGAGCUGGGAGUCUGAUCCAUAGAUCCUCAAACGUCUGCCAUCUGUAAGAAUGUGGGAGACAUUUCUGGGUUGAGGAUGACGUCCUUGUGAUGUUCGCGCUGCCGCUGAAGCGUGAGAAGCUCUCGUCUGAUUGGCUCGGAGAUGUCCGCCGUCUGCUGCGCCGUCGUGUAAAGUUGUUUACUUUCAUAUUUGCACUGAGCGACUUUUGUGAGUUUGGCCCGAUCCUGAAGAUGAGUCCUCGCAAACCGCUCCCCGUUCGUUGAUCUCGUGUACGCUGAAACCUUUGGUACGAUUUUUGCACUGCAGGUGAGGAAAGGCGGAGUCUGAAUGUAGGUGUGGAGCUCCAGGAAGAGGAGCGCGCUGUGAAUGUCACUGAAAUAUUUCCUGAGUAUGAGCCUAGGUCAGCUUCGGGGUUUUAUCAUUGAGCUAGUGGUACUUGGUCGUCCUUUAGUUCCCGCAGCGGCGUUUUCUCCACGGUCUCGAGCCGCGGGGAGUCAGCUGACCCUUCAGAGAGCGACAGGUGAUCGUGGACGCUCGUUUUCUUCCUUCAGCUCGCUCAGAUCUGAGCAGACUUGGACGUUGAAGGCAGAAACUCUGAAAGUGAUUCAUUCACCUAUAACACGUCCCAAUGAGAUCAAACCCCGCCCACUCGCACACCUGACCAACCACCGCACAAAACAGAAUCGUUCAAAGUUACAGAGAAACGGACAGAAACGACCCGACUCCAUUAAAAGUGUGGUGUGAGGUGGAGGGGUCGGGCGGUGUUUGAAGCUCAGUUUGAAUAUCGGAGUUGAAUACGAACAGCACAAAGCGAGUGUUUCCUUCAUGCAUCUGGCCUGUAACGCGUCGGUGUGUGAGGCGGCGCGCUCAGUACGGCGGCCGGGAUCCUGGAGGCGACCACCGCUCCGCCUGUCGGGGCGUCAUUACCAAAAAAAUAAGAAAAGAAGAAGAAACAGGACGACUACUGUGACGACUACUGAACUACAGCUUCCCCAAGCUGCACUGGAACAAGCUGGCGUUCAGAUGAACUGGACUUGAGUGCAUUCAGACACUGGGAAGACUGGAACGCUGGAGCUGGGAUGUGAGUGCCCUGCGGGCACUUCCAUGAUGUCAAACGGUGAACGUGGGGGUGAACCUGCACCUGCAGGUGUGCUGACAUGUUGUCUGUGGUGUGGGGGGCAGUAAUCUGUGCUUGUCACCUGUUAAUAAAACAGUGUGGGCGGGA